ACGCAAGACGUUACAGUUACGAAAGUAUUCAGGAAGUAGGAAUUGAAGGAAAUCGGGCAUCCCAAUCGUUGUACCGCAGUGAUUCAUUUUACCUUGAUAUUUCAGUGCUCGUGUUCGACCUGCAAGGAUUCAAUUGAGAGCGUUGUAAUUAGAUCGAAGUGACGAGCUUUGCUCUUUCCGAAAUUCGAGGGCGCUGACGUUGCACACUGCGCUGUCAUUGGCUGCCCGCGUUACACGCCCGAGUUUUUUGUGCACAAAGACAGUUUACGUAUAGGAAACUGCCGUAACAAGUUCAUUUGUCGUCACCGAUAUUUGUAUUUUAUAGUUCCCGACGUCUUCGCGUUCCGUGUAAACACACAUAUCGGUACAGCGUGGAUGAUUCAAUGGAAUCACGAAAACUAAUCGCUCAUCCGAGUGUACGGAUCAGGGGCUCAGAAAAUAACUUCCUUCCAGUGCGGUGCACCAAUGAGAAGUGCCACUCGAAGGAUGCAGAUCACCUGCAUUGCCCGUUUUGCCCGAAAGCUGUGGUUUUUCAGGACGAUCGUAUUGCGGAAGCGCAUUACAGGGUGAAGCACGUCGAUAAGGGGAUAUGUUUCGCCGGUUUGAAAAUGCUACGAUGUUGCGCAUUGUGCAACAUAUCAGGGGCCAUCAAAGGAGAAAAGAGGUUCAAAGGUCCGCAUUGGCACUGCUACAAAUGUAAAAACGGGUUCUCACGUCGAGAUGAGGCGUUGAAACAUUAUCAAACCCAUUUUAAGCAACCACAAACAACUUUCCAAAUAAAUAUAGCACAGGAUGUCAAUGAGGGCAUGGGACUCUCACGGGGUGACGCAGAAAAUGGCAUGGAUGCCGAGGAGAGUUCAAUGACGCACGGUGCUGAAGGUGCUACGGCAAAUGAAGUGGUUACCAUUGAUGUGACUGCAGAGGAAGCAUCAAGGAGUGUGACCUCACCAAGUUCAGCGUGUGAUGAGCCGACAACAGUGAUGAUCAUUCAAGAGAGUGAUGAACAGCCUCAGACGGGCAUGCAUCCUUCGCACAUGUCAGAGGAUAAUGCCCAAAAGAUGGCACAGCUGGAAAGGCAGGUCGCUGAACUCAAACAGCAAGUGGAACAAGCAAAAGUGGCCUUUGCAGCUGCGGAGAGGGCUCUCCGUUCAGAGAUUGACUCGCUGCAACAGAAGCUGAAUGCCAAGACCUUUGACCUGCAGCAAGCUCAGAGGAGGGAGCAAGAGCUGCUGGCUCAGAAAGCACCAUCCAUAGAUGGCAAGCUGCAAUACCUGAUGAGCACUCUCCAAAAACAGCACAAGGAACUUCUCCAACAGCAUAUCCUUCAAGCGCGUAAUGAGGCCUACCAGAGUGCUUUCAAAGAGCUCCAGAACGGCACAGUCUUGACAACCAUUGAUGCCUCUGGAACGCCAACCAUGGUUCACCAGGACAACUCUCUCGUUGCCAUGGUUCUAGAUAGUUCUGGAACUAUGGCACUUCCAGUGUCUCUAGCUACUGCACAAAUGGGGCCGGUCAUGUGCUAUUCUCCCUCACCAUCAAAGUCUUUGCUGCACAAACAAGGUAACAUGGCGCCCAUACUGCUCUCUGGUGGACAAACCUACACUGCGGCUCCAUCAAGGACUAUUCAGCAAACAGUGGGCAAUCAACAACUUAUCCUUGCCGUAGCAGAAGCCACAGACAAUACUGAAAUGUUGUCUGCCUCUCAGCAUCAAGGGAAUGCUGUGGUUACCUGCAGAGAUAUGCAGUACCAAAUAGCUAACAUUGCGCCGACAACCAGGGAGGGAGGGCAAGAGAACUUAGAAGAGUGCAUUGGGUAGAAUAGGGUACAAGAAUGCAAGCUCUCCUUAGCCUGUGCGGGCCAGAGUGUUUACGGAAAUUAAUGAAACAGAGGAAAACCAUUGUAAAUACGUUUUAACGUACGGAAGUGCUUCCGAUUUAAUGCUUGGCAUGUACUGUCGUUGCUCUCUGUCAUUUUUGUGUCUGAUUUUAGUUGGACAUCGAAUCUGACAAACAUGUCCAUUAGAGGAGAAGUUUUGGUAGAAAGUAAAGGAAAGUAAACUGACCAGAGAAAGGCAUGUUCACAUGCGUCCUGCCCUUUGUUCAUUUUGUUUCAUUCCAUUUCUGAAGAAAGAAAAAAAAGUUGAAUGGAGAGACAGUUUGUUAAAUGAGGGUUAUUUUUCUGGAUUUUUGCACACAAGUUGCAGUGUAAGAAAGGUACACAUAGCGCUAAACACUGCAUACCAUGUCAUCAAGUCAUACUGUAUGUCCCUCGUGGGGUGCAGGGCAGCGUCGUUAUUUUUUUGGGAAUGUACUCUUAUUGCACUUUGCAGGGAUGUGAAAGUUUAUAGCAGCAAAUUGUUUCGAAGUAGGAUACACAGUUUUCUUUUUAACCUGACGUGAAUAAGAAAGAUAUUCGGGGCUUUAUAUAUAAAGGUUUCCCAAACUGGAAACUUUUGCACAGCCCUACCCAUUUCUAGUUCUUGCAAGCAAAGAAUAACCACAAAUCUGCCGUUGCACACAUAAAGCAUCAACAUGGUCUUCCUUAUAUGACUGGAAUCAGGAUGCACAUAGCCAGCUGUGUGCUAUUUCAGCGGUUUCUAGUGCAGCGAGAUUGGACAAACGGCAGAUUGAAUUCCAUUUGAUUCUUUGCUUUGUCUUUAAAGAUUUAUCGCACAGUAAAGCCCACCUCUAAUUGUGCUGUGCCUGACAAUUAUGUUUCAUCGGACUUUAUGAAUAAACAAUAAAAAUACAGUUCUAAGUUUUGUUUUUCUCAAGAAACAAAAUGGUGGUGAUCUUUGCAAUGUUUAUUAGCGAGAGCAAGCUUUGUGCAGAUGCUGAAAUGAAGGGCUUGUGGCUUUCAAGUAGCAAGCCGUGGUUUGCACUCCUUUCAUUUGAAGUGUGUAACCGUUAGCAGUCAGCAUAAUUUAGUAUGUCUAACAACAUAGGUCAAGACACUGAUAGAAGUGAUGAUGGAUACCUAGACCCUUGUGCUUUAGGGACUUCUGUUUGUUUGAAAAUGGUGGCAAUAAUCAUGUGUUAUUUCAAGAGCUGUAAAAUUGGGUGAAACUGCAGAUUUUGAGGAGCAAAGGUUUUAAAAAGAUAGAGCUUAUCAUGCUUCAGGUGAACAUGGGUUGCCGUGCAGCUGUGCCCAUGUUGGUGGAUGAGUUAGAGGUUCAUGGGCAUCAUGAAGAUAAAAAUUGAAUUAGUCGGCCCUCGUUUUGAGGAAUUAAAUAAUGAGCGACUCUUCUAUCACAAAAGUCUGUGCUCUGAUCGAGGGGUCUGAUCUGAAUUUCGACGUACAGAAUUUAGCUCUCAUUAAGAGUAUAUUUGAUUGAACUGCUGUACUUCCCUCUACUCACAAGGUAUUGAAGCUUAAUAAUUAAAAGAUAGUACACCACUAAGACAACUGAGAGUAUUCAUCAGUGGUCUUCUCUCAUGUUGGUACGACUGCGUGUUGUAUGUAAACCUAUUAUGUAAUGGUAACUUGUGACACUUUGUUACAUUGUAUAUCACUCACACUUUUAUUAUGUUUCUGCGCUAUGUAAGAAGGAAUUGGUUGAGUGUGUUCUAUAGAACACUACUUAUGCUAAUUCUUCAAUGUGGUGAAACAGUGUCAAUGCUUUCUGCAAAAAACAGAGCACUUACACAUACUUUUUUUUUCUCUCUCUCUCCUCCUUUGCUGCUUGCUGAGGGAAUACCUUCCUUUGUUUGAAACAGCUGUGAUAAAAUGAGCUGUGGUGCACAAGCAUGGGCCAUGAGCACAGUGCAACAAUAGCAGUGUUCAGCAAACAGGCCAUUCGUAUACUGUUCAUGAAAUUAGUGACACGGUCUGGAAGUUAGGGUUAUGUUCCCCAGAUGUGGUAUACCCUGCCCUUUGCACUGAUGUUGAUAUAUACCGGAAAUGUUUAUUCUGGAUAAGAGAAAAUGUUAGCCUCCUAAGAUGUGCUUUUGAAAGUUUGUACUAAGAUCUUUCCUGUAGCUACAACCAACCCAGAUUGAUAAUGGUUACAAUGACCAGUGUAAUAGGCAGACAAAGUUCUUGAGCAAGAGGUCUUGGUUGUUGAUCGUAUAAGGUAGCACUGUUACUGGUUUCUUUUCCCUGGAACUUACAAAGCUUUUGAACAUCAUCAUAUGUGAAUAGAUAUGCAGUAGGUGAGUGACUAUGGCAAGAAAUAUUGUGCUUGUUAUAUUAGAUAUACUUAACAUUGUACGUUGGGUGAUGCACGGUCUUUGUUCAAACUGGGUUCGUCAGAUUGAAUACCGUACGUAGUAAACAGGCAGGGAAUAGCUUCUCUUCCUUGUAAUAAUGGUCGCUUGGGGGGGGAUCAGCUAUGAUGAGAUUUUGCUUUAUCGGCUGUUUUUGGUUGCACCCGUAGAGUUUCAGUUAGGGAAAGUUCACGCUGUUUCUGUAUAGCUCCUUUGGGCUGUUUUCAUUCAAACUGUUUGUUGUGUUUGUGCCAAAGGCAGAUGUACAGAUGUACAUAGAUUACUAUUUUGAGAAUUAAAAUAAAGUAAAUUUUAUCAUUCA